GUCAAUAGAAGCUCGCUGCUGGUAUGCUUUCUGCUGCGCAAGCGUGUGCUUUGGCUCAGUACGUCUUCGGAUGUUGUAACGAGUUGCUAUAAAUCUGGGAGGUACAAUAACGAUCGUAUUUCACGUGCUAGUGACUGAUCUCGUGAUUAAACGUCAGUGUCGUAGAAAUCGCAUUUUGUUGCAGUUUUUGUAGGUUAGGUUUGCGCAUUCGUUCCGUUUCGAUCGCUUCGCUGUGACUGACGCGUUCGCGGUUGACAAGAGUUUGACUCGAUGUAGGAUUCGCGUCGUGACUUCGGUAGACGCCGUCGGACGUUGAAAUCGGUACUAUUUUCGCGUGUGUGGCCAUGUUAUGGCUGUAAUCGGGACGGUAAGCGAAGCUACGCGAGCGAAAGUGAAGUUGUGAGGGGUGCUCGUUUAGCGCGUGAGUGGAAAAUCAGACACGCCCCGUUGCUGAAAUUCGACAUCGAAACACCGGCGUUCGUGCGUGGUUUUUUUUUCCGUGUCGCGUGUGUUUUGUGAUAGCAGUGAUCUGUGUGUGCAGUUCCGGCCGGCGACCUGCAGUGCUUGCUGUUGGGCGUUGCUAGUCAUCAAACAGCUACGGCUUGUUACAGGAGAAGCAGCUUUAAUAACACAGAAGAUAGUACUCAUCGAAUAUGGCAGACGACGAAGUACUCUUCGACGAUGUCUAUGAGUUGUGCGAGAUCAUUGGAAAGGGGCCGUUCAGCGUGGUGCGGCGCUGCAUCCACCGGCAGACCAGCCAGCAGUUCGCCGUCAAGAUCGUCGACGUCGCCAAGUUCACCUCCAGCCCCGGCCUCAGCACCGCAGACCUGAAGCGGGAAGCGACCAUCUGCCACAUGCUGAAACACCCGCACAUCGUGGAGCUGCUGGAGACGUACAGCUCCGAGGGCAUGCUCUACAUGGUCUUCGAGUACAUGGACGGGUCUGACCUGUGCUUCGAGGUCGUCCGUCGAGCCAUGGCGGGUUUCGUCUACAGCGAGGCGGUCGCCAGCCACUACAUGCGCCAGAUCCUGGAGGCGCUGCGCUACUGCCACGAGAACGACAUCAUCCACAGGGACAUAAAGCCGCACUGCGUCCUGCUCGCCACGAAGGAGAACUCUGCACCCGUGAAGCUGGGAGGCUUCGGCGUCGCCAUCCAGCUGCAAGACGGCCAGAUGAUCAACGGCGGGCGCAUCGGGACGCCGCACUUCAUGGCGCCCGAGGUGGUGGCGCGGCGGCUGUACGGCAAGCCGGUGGACGUGUGGUCGGCCGGCGUGCUGCUGCACGUGCUGCUGUCCGGCACGCUGCCCUUCCUCGGCACGCGGGAUCGCCUCUACGAGUGCAUCUGCCGCGGCCGCCUGCACCUGGAUUCGCCUCAGUGGGAAUUCAUAAGUGACGCGGCGAAAGACCUCGUUCAAAAAAUGCUGACAGUGGACCAUACGCAAAGAAUAACAAUACAAGAAGUGUUAAAUCACAGGUGGCUAAGGGACAGAGAUAAAAGUGCUACAAAAAUACAUUUAGCGGAUACAGUGGAAGAAAUGAAAAAAUUCAAUGCCAGGAGAAAGCUCAAAGGAGCAGUCUUGGCAGCUGUGUCUUCCCCAAAGUGGACUUCCUUUUACUCGGAUCCAAACAGUGAUGGGUUCUCAGAUUUUGGAGAGGAUGAAGUUACAUCUUCGGCUGUGAGCCUGGUUCUCGAUUCCCUCGACGACAUCCACUGUUUACAAGAAGCGCCCCUCAAUGACCGUGACUUCCUCCAUUCGGUUCUGGAGGAUCGGCAACUGCACGCCCUGCUCGAGCUGUACGACCGCAUCUCGAGCAAAGUGGUGAGCCCGACGCGCGCGCCUCCCAGCGACGCGGUGCAGAAGUGUCGCGAGGUGUGUGAGUGCCUGCGCGAGGUGGAGCGCGCCGCGCCGCCGCCUACGCCCGACACGCGCGCCGACAUCGCCGAGCUGCGCGAACUGCUGGCGCGGCCGCAUCUCAGGAGUGGUGACCCGAAGACUCGGAUCGAGAGUGCAGACAGAGAGCAAGUGGCACGCGACAAACCGUGGGUGCGACUUCUGAGAGGAAAAAGUUCGAGGGAGGCAGCUCACCGUGGGGACCAGCUUGCAGCCUCCACUCCUUAGGAAACAAGCUCCGACAUAGCGCCAAGAGGCAGUCCACUCUUAGAUUGGACAUCUCGUUGCAAAAAGUUUCCGGGUCCUCCUCCGUAUUUUUUCUGUCUUUUCCUCCUUUACCCUCCUUCAUCUGUACCUGUCGUAUAUAUUGCGGAGGAGUAACGGGAAAGAGAGUUACGGUAUGAUUUUCUUAAGCGAAGUUAAAAUAUGUCUACAAGAUAUCGCUAAACAGUAACUACAGUGCGGUAGUAUUUUAUUACGAAAGUGGCCAUUUCUAUCACUUUAAUUGCCAAACACAAUGAAAACCUCGAAAUAACAAGAAAAAUUUCACACCGAUAGUAUUUUUCCACAUUUACGAAA